CUUUACCUCACUCUUUUACAGACACACGCACACCAUUAAAUACUCACAGGCGCUCAGAGCUGACUCUUUUUCUCCUUAGACUCUCUCUGAGGGAGCUGUGGAAGAGGGUGAGCCUCUCUAAUACGUACACCGAGCUGCAGCAGACGCACAGAACUUUAAGUCACAAUAUUAAUCAGACUUAAACGAGCUUCACACACACACCAGUGUGUUCUGAGGGUGUGAAGGAUGGCAGGCAGGAUGCAGCUUCUGGUGGCCGUAUCUCUGAUUCUGAGUCUGAAUUUGGCUGCUGAUGCCCAGUCAACUGUGUAUAACCUCCUGACGUCGCCAGACUGUCUGCCAGAUCUCUUGCACGGGGGCCUGGCAGAACAGGGUGUAACAGAACUCUUCCUGCUGGCCACGUUCCGUCUGCAACCGAGAACCGGCACCACCGUGUUUGGACUCUACAAUCCACGGGACGGCAGCAAGUACUUUGAGUUCACCGUCUUGGGCAAACUCAACAAAGCUACGUUGCGAUAUCUUCGCAAUGAUGGCAGGAUGGCCACUGUUACCUUUAACAAUCUCAAAUUAGCGGACGGAGAGAAGCACCACCUCCUUUUCCACCUGAAGGGCAUGGAGGUCAGAGCUCCGGGGCCGGUCCCACAUGGUCAGGGGACGCUGCCCGUGCCGGGGAUAGAACUGUAUCUGGACUGCCGAUUGGUUGAGACAGUGAGAGAUUUACCAGCGGCAUUCAACGGCCUCAACAGCAACCAGGGGGUGGAGCUAAAGACCAUGCAGGGGAAAGCACAGGAGCAACUGGAGGAGCUGAAGCUGGCCUUUGGUGAUUCGCUGGAGAAUGUUGCAUCACUGCAGGACUGCCACACCCAUCAGAGCGACUCUGUGCAGACUCUGGGGCUCAACACCAAACAGCUGACCAAUCAGAUGUUGGAGCUGACCAAAGUUAUAAACGAGCUGAAGGAUGUGCUAAUUCAACAGGUGAAAGAGACUUCCUUCCUCAGAAACACGAUCUCUGAGUGUCAAGCCUGCGGCCUGGACGGGACGGUGGUGAAGCAGCGGUGCGCCCCUGGUGUGUGUUUCCGUGACGAUAUGUGUAUCGAGACACAGGAUGGAAUAGAGUGUGGUCCCUGUCCUGAUGGUUACACUGGAGACGGGUACAGCUGUGACGAUGUCGAUGAGUGCCAGUUUAACCCGUGUUUCCCGGGUGUGCGGUGCGUAAACAUGGCCCCGGGAUUCCGCUGUGAGGCGUGUCCUCUCGGCUACACUGGCAUGGCUGUGGAAGGCGUUGGAGCAGCUUUUGCGCAGACACACAAACAGGUGUGUGAUGAUAUUGAUGAGUGUAAGGGGCCAAAUAACGGAGGCUGCACAGCCAACUCGGUCUGCCUGAACUCCAUGGGUUCAUACACUUGUGGCGGCUGUAAAACAGGAUUCACAGGUGAUCAGGUUAGGGGGUGUAAGCCUGAGAAGAGCUGCGGGAAUCGCCUGCAAAACCCCUGCGACCCCAACGCACAGUGCAUCGAGGAACGAGACGGCACCAUCACCUGCCAGUGUGGUAUCGGCUGGGCAGGAAACGGCUAUCUAUGCGGUAAAGACACCGACAUUGAUGGCUACCCGGACGAGAAGCUUCGCUGCCGAGACCCCACAUGCAAGAAGGAUAACUGUGUUACAGUGCCAAAUUCAGGACAGGAGGACGCCGAUUCAGAUGGACAGGGUGAUGCAUGUGACCCAGACGCUGACGGAGAUGGAAUACCUAACGAGCAGGAUAAUUGCUGGCUGAAGCCAAAUGUGGAUCAAACGAACAGUGACAAGGAUAGCCAUGGUGACGCUUGUGAUAACUGUGUUAGCGUGGAGAAUCCGGACCAGCGGGACACUGAUUCAGAUGGCCUUGGGGACGCAUGUGACGACGAUAUGGAUGGAGAUGGUGUGAAAAACUUCCUGGAUAACUGCCAGCGAGUGAAGAACAGGGAUCAGCUGGACCGGGAUGGAGAUGGAGUGGGAGAUGCCUGCGACAGCUGCGGAGACAUUCCCAACCCCAACCAGUCGGACAUUGAUAAUGACCUUGUUGGAGACUCUUGCGACACAAAUCAAGACAGUGAUGGUGAUGGACACCAGGACUCAAAAGACAACUGUCCACUGGUGAUAAACAGCUCCCAGCUGGACACUGAUAAAGACGGCCUUGGUGACGAGUGUGACGAUGACGAUGAUAAUGACAACAUCCCCGAUUUCCUGCCCCCCGGCCCCGAUAACUGCCGUCUGGUCCCCAACCCUGACCAGAUCGAUGACAACAACGAUGGUGUGGGUGACGUGUGCGAGUCAGACUUUGACCAAGACAAGGUGAUUGACAGGAUUGACAACUGCCCAGAGAAUGCAGAGAUCACCCUGACAGACUUCAGAGCUUAUCAGACUGUUGUGCUGGACCCUGAGGGUGACGCCCAGAUUGACCCUAAUUGGGUUGUUCUGAAUCAGGGGAUGGAGAUUGUGCAAACAAUGAACAGUGAUCCUGGUCUUGCUGUGGGUUACACAGCGUUCAGUGGUGUCGACUUUGAGGGCACGUUCCAUGUGAACACAGUGACUGACGAUGACUACGCUGGCUUUAUCUUCGGCUACCAGGACUCGUCCAGCUUCUAUGUCGUGAUGUGGAAGCAGACAGAGCAAACUUACUGGCAGGCCACACCCUUCAGGGCCGUCGCUGAGCCUGGCAUCCAGCUGAAGGCGGUGAAGUCAAAGUCUGGCCCAGGUGAACACUUGAGAAAUUCCCUGUGGCAUACGGGUGACACCAACGACCAGGUGCGUCUCCUGUGGAAGGACCCACGUAACGUUGGCUGGAAGGACAAAGUGUCUUACCGCUGGUACCUCCAGCACCGUCCACAAGUUGGAUACAUCAGGGUUCGUUUCUAUGAGGGCACACAGCUGGUGGCGGACUCUGGCGUGACAAUCGACACGACGAUGAGGGGCGGCAGGUUAGGUGUGUUCUGCUUCUCUCAGGAGAACAUCAUCUGGUCCAACCUGAAGUACCGCUGCAACGACACUAUUCCAGAGGACUUCCAGGAGUUCAGCACACAGCAAGUCUUGGAUCCUCUGUAAAUUCCUGAAACACACACCUCCACACACAGCCCAAGUGUGCGUGCCAACGUCUGUACACAAUGUACGUGUCUAGGGUUGGGAUAUGCGUAUACACAAUGUGUAUGCCUUUACCUACUCUGUGCCAAAUUGCUCAUUUGUACUGUUAAAACCUAUUAAUCAUGAAAAACUACACGUAUUACCCUGCGUGAAGGUGCUAGACUCAUCAUUAUCACUCAUUUUCAUUCAGAAUUGGCCUGCGGCCCAGCCGCCCCUGCCACUUGCCCUUCCUGAAGUGGCUGAAAACCAAAAUAAAAUGUUCUUAUGGUUGCAGUACAUUAUGCUUAUAUGCUGGAAGUAGCUGUGGCUACAUAUAUAUAAGAUGGAACGGAAAGGAUUUGCUUCCGUGUGUAUUCAAAAACUGGAUUAGACUGAAUGCUUGAAAAUAAACCUGCCAAUCUAGCCAUUUCUGACCAAAGCUGCUGACCAAAUUUAGCCUUUCAUGCUUAACCUGCUUUUUUUUUACAGAUGCGUGUAAUAAUAGAUUUAUGUAAUCAGCUACUUUUGCACCAUGAGAUUAAUGUCAUGUAUCUUUCAGCACCGGGAAACACAGUGAUCACUUCUGAAAAUGUAAUCCUGCACCGAGUACAGCUAAUGUUAAUAGCUUUCACCUUGUUGGAGAUGUCAGUUGUGAUACGACACUAAGGCUAUGCAAAAAUGUCACGUUUACUUUCUGUGAAACACGGAGCACCAUUAAAACUGAAAGACUGAGGAAA